GCUCCCCGACGGCUGACUCUGCCCGGGCCGCAGCCCCCGGCUCCCUCAGCCCCCGACUCCACUGAGAUGUUUCUCUCCAGACCGAGGGCCACGAACAGGAAGCCGGGCCCGCUGCCCACCUGCCCCAACGUCCUCACCCCUGACCAGAUCCCCAAGUUUUUCAUCCCCCCCAAACUCUCCACCCUGUAUGGCAGAGCCCCGGGUGGGAGCCCUGGUUCCCAGCAGAGCCCCCCAGGGACUGGGAGCCUGGAGACACACAGAGCCCUGAUCAGAGCUGCCAAUCGGCGUGUUGCCCACGGGCAGAGCCUGCACCAGGACCCCGUGGCCAGGGCAGAGGGUGAGGCUGGCCAGCAGCUCCCUCCCACCUGCUCCAUGCCCCACCUUGUCAACCCAGGGGGCUUCCCCCUCCUGCCCGAGAGCCCCCACACACGCCGAAGGGAGUCCCUCUUUCACAGCACGUGCCCACCCCACCGCAUCUCCCUUGACCUCUCCCCCGAGCCUGGCGCCAGGCUCCUGCCCCCAGAGCUGCGGCCCUGGCGGGCCAUCUCCCAGCCCGACGCCUUGGACAGUGACACAGCCUCCUCUGCAGGUUCCUCGCCCUUCAGCUCUCCGGUGCUGGGGCACCCGCUGGCCUGCCAGGCCCACUGGGGCCGGCCCCUCUGCAGCCGCGCCCUGGAUGCCCAAGUGGGGGGCCGGGCCAGCUCACUGUCUGCUGAGGAAGCCAGCUCUAUGGAGGACAGCCCCAGCUUCCCACGCCGACAGACCGAGCCCAGCUGGGGGGCAGCGGCCAGGUUGGCUCCCCUACCCUUCUCCCACUUGGAUUUCAUCUGCCGCCCUGCACGGGUGGCCCAGGAGAACACAGUGGCGCUGAGCCACGGCGGGUGCCUGCGCCUCUCCUCCGAGUACGUCCCGGCCAGCUGGUGCCUGCACGUCCGGCUGGUCAGCGCCGAGGGGCUCUACCCGCGGCCCUGCGACCCCCAGCGCAUUGGCUGCUGCGUGGCCCUGCAGCUGCGACCGGGCAAGGCGCAGAAGCAGCGCAGCGCCGUGGUCAAGAGGAGCCGGAGCCCCAUCUUCAAUGAGGACUUCUUCUUCGAGGGCGUGGCACCCCACGAGCUGCCCACCCGCCGCCUCCGGCUCAAGGCGCUCAACAAGGGCUGCGGCGUGAGGCGGGACACCGUGCUGGGCAAGGCCGAGGUCCCGCUGCCUGCCCUGCUGCCACCCUAGGGCCUGGUGGCGCUUGCUCCUAGCGGGGGCCUGGGAGGAGGGAGAAUCAGAGAGCCAAGUUUCGGGGUGCUGGAGGACCUAUGGGUACUGCCCAGCAACUUCCCCACCCGGCCCCUGAAAUGACUGGGCUGCCCCAGCCCCGGAUGGACAAGGGCUCGGCGCCCCCAUGACCUGGCCCACCAGGUGUGGGAGCGCUCGGCAGGGGUGA